AUGAUACUGCUGCUCGCUUGUCUCAGCCUCCUGAUCGGCCCCGGCGAACUGGGCACCCUGAACAAUGGACCUUCCGUUGGUGUGACAACUAUUUUUGGUCUUGGUGCACUGCCAUUUGGAUUUGCAGCUGGCCCGAGAUACGUUCCAAAAUGGAAGAAGCAAGCAUGCGAGAUACCAGCAUCUCAGCAUCCAAACUCGCAUUACGUCUGCGACGAAGCCGGGGAGGUCAAGUGUUUGCCAGGAUGGACCGGAGAUUUGUGCGACGUGCCAAUCUGUCGGAAGGGAUGCGACCCUCUUCAGGGUUACUGCCGUCGACCCAGCGAGUGUCGUUGCAAAUUAGGCUUCUACGGUGAGCUAUGCGACAAGUGUGUCGCUCUACCAGGAUGCCAACACGGCAGCUGUAACGUGAGCUUCGAGUGUUCCUGCGAUCCUGGAUGGAAGGGGAUGUUCUGCUCGGAACCGAUCUGCGCUGCCGAUUGUCUGCCUAACCAGGGAUACUGCGAGAAGCCAGGCGAAUGCAGAUGUCGACUAGGUUGGCAAGGACCAAAAUGCAAACAGUGUGCCGUUUUACCAGGCUGCGUCCACGGAACGUGCCAAGGGCCACUGGAAUGCCGCUGCGAACCCGGCUGGACCGGACUUCUAUGUCAGACCCCUAUUUGCUCGCAAGGAUGCAGCCGGGAGCACGGUAGUUGUCGUCGUCCAGGGACGUGUAGGUGUCGCGUAGGCUGGACUGGUCCCAAUUGCACCGAAUGUGUUCCUUACCCUGGAUGCGUCCAUGGAUCCUGCAAACGUCCAUGGGAAUGUAGAUGCGAACCUGGAUGGGCGGGUGAUCUAUGCAACGAGAAGCUGACCUACUGCGACGAGCACCAAGGAAUCUGUAAAAAUAAUGCAACUUGCAUUAGUAUGACGAAGGAAGAUGGCAACUACAGAUGCAUCUGUCCUCUCGGUUACAUGGGUCGUCAAUGUCAAAUCAGAACGAUGGUACCAUCCACGGAACUGGUACCACCCACGCCAGAUUUAACUGAGUCAGAGGCGAAACCGCAAAUGGUUCCAGUGAAACCGGAAGUAAACGAGAGCUCCCAGAGUCUCGAAGAAAAGGACAAAAACAUGGUGAAAGAGGAGGAGCAAACGGUUGAACCAUUAGGGCCAAUUGUAAUCACGGAUCCUCCGUCCACGAUUGACCCUGCCGCGACUGUUGGAAAAUGGCCAACCGAACCACCCACGGAAUCACCUGUUACAGAAAGGGACGACGAGAAUGAAGCGUAA